ACGUGCAUGUUGAGGGGCAGGUAUUUGGAACCAGGCCCCAUUUUCGAGUUGUCUUUCCGCAAGAACCAGAGAGUGAGGUCGGGAACAGGAAGCAGGAACCGUUAGGGAGAUAAGGAAGGUGCUACUGCCCACAUCCAUCCUCUACGGCCACAAGGUCAGGGGGGCCAGGCCGCCUUCUCACAGCAUCAGCGUUUUCUUCGGCUUCAUUUCCCUCUGGAAAGCGCUUCCUCACCGACGCUGCAGAGACCUUAGGGGCAGCCCCUGCCCUGCUACCCUCCAAGGAGCCACCACUCUAGAGCUCACGCUCCUCUGGACAUCAUGUGACCUUGGGGACUACUUGCCUUUCUUCUGAAACACGACUACAGACUAUGAGUCAAAAACACUGGGCUUAGCUCCCCCUCAAUAACGACACAGCCGUAGGACGAUACCCUCUCCCAGCCUGCCCGCCGCAGUAAGAGUUCCACUUCCUCCCCCAGAAAACACGGCCGGAAGGGGCGGGCUUUCCGCCUGGACCAGGCGCUUCCGCCACCAUGGCUGCACGUGGGGUUGUUGGUGUUUUUUUCCUCUCUGCUGUCCCUCUUGUGUGUCUGGAGCUCCAGCGUGGAAUCCCGGAUAUAGGUAAGUGUUGACUUUUUCCCUUCGACAGUUACAGCUGGGUAAUUUUCGCAGGAAUGUUGCAUAGAAUGACCGCUUCUUCGGCUGCGUCGCUUCGGAGCGGCUUUGACUACAACUCCCAGACUGCAUGGUGCCUGCCUCCCACUUCCGGAGCCGACUUCGGGGGAGCUUUUUGCCUCCAGGAAUCAAGGAUUUUCUUUUGCUUUGUGGCCGGAUUUUCUUACUGCUUGCUCUUCUUACUUUAAUUAUUUCUGUGACUACCUCAUGGCUUAACUCAUUUAAAUCUUCCCAAGUUUAUCUGAAGGAAGAAGAAGAAAAGAAUGAGAAAAAACAAAAACUUGUGAGAAAAAAACAACAAGAGGCACAAGGAGAGAAGGCCAGCAGAUACAUAGAGAACAUUUUAAAACCUCACCGGGAAAUGAAAUUGAGAAAACUGGAGGAGCGCUUUUAUCAAAUGACGGGUGAAGCCUGGAAAUUAAGCAGUGGUCACAAACUUGGGGGUGAUGAAGGUACAAGUCAGACAUCUUUUGAAACAUCAAAUAGAGAAGCAGCAAAGAGCCAGAACUUGCCUAAACCUUUAAAUGAAUUUCCAUCUCCUGCUGAACAGCCCACAUGCAAGGAGAUUCCUGAUUUACCUGAAGAACCUUCUCAAACGGCAGAAGUAGUUACUGUUGCUCUCCGAUGUCCCAGUGGGAAUGUCCUGAGGAGAAGGUUUAUGAAGUCCUGCAGCUCACAGGUCUUACUUGACUGGAUGAUGAGAAUUGGGUACCACACAUCUCUAUACAGCCUUUCUACUUCCUUUCCCAGACGGCCUCUGGCAGUGGAGGGGGGCCAGUCGCUGGAGGACGUAGGAAUAACUGUGGACACUGUGCUCAUCCUGGAAGAGACGGAGCAGACCAACUAGGAAAGAAGUUUGAGACCAGCCUGGGUAACAUGGCAAAACCCAGUCUCUACAUGCUCCUUGUUCUGCUUGAAGUCAGCUAUGCCAUCACCUCCUGGCACAAUAAAGGCUUCACGUUAAAACCACACCAUACCUUGAUUGAGCUCAUGGCAGUAAACAUUGAACAUUGAUAUCCAUGGGAAUAGGAUUAGAAAAGGAUUGCUUUCUGCAUAUAAUAAUCUGUGGACUGUGCCAUUUUACAAUGUACCAAAUGAGAACGAGGUAAAAAUGUAUGCAGUAAGGCACUCCGUAAUUGCUAUUUUUUCCCCAGCUGACAUGAUUUCUCAGCAUUAGAAAACAAACCCAUAGAACUUUGCUUUCUGCCUCUUCAAUCCAUCUUACCACACAGUAUUUCAUGAUUCAGUCAAAUUCUUCAAAGUCUUAUAAGCAGGAGUGUUUAUUCUGCUGUAUUUCUGUGAAAUUAAAAACUUGGAAGAAGCUUCAAAGCUCUUGGAGGCUUUAAAGUUCUUUCUGAUGGGUAUGCAUUACAGUUGGCUUAACUCAUGUUUGCAAUUUAUAUAAUUUUGACUUGUAUUAAAUGUUAUAUUUACAAAGUUCCAAAUGAAUCAGUAUUUUUAAAAAUAAAACUAUGAAAGCAUUAAAAUAUAGGUGAAUUUUAAAAAAUGUAUCUGAUCAUUUCCCUCUCCUGCUUAUAAGGUUAUAAUGAUCAAGUCAUGCACUGUUCAGACUCCAAGUGUGGUUAUAAAAGGCUUUUAACUUU